AUGGUUGUUCUGCAGAUCAUUGAACGAAGCCUACCCAAGAAGCAAAAGUUGAAGAAAGACCCUUCUGUGAUUGAGAGGGAGGAAAUGGAAAAGAUUGGAAAAGUUUGGGUAAACAUAGUAAGAAGAGACAUGCCAAAGCAUCAUAGGAUUUUUACAACUUUUCACCGGAAACAACUGAUUGACGCUAAGAGGGUCUCAGAGAACUGUCAAAGAGAGGUGAAAAUGAAGGUGAGUAGAUCACUUAAAUUGAUGAGGGGUGCUGCAAUUCGUACAAGGAAACUAGCCAGAGACAUGCUACUAUUUUGGAAGAGAAUAGAUAAAGAGAUGGCGGAAGUGAGGAAGAAAGAGGAGAAAGAAGCAGCUGAAGCUUUGAGGCGCGAACAGGAGCUUCGAGAAGCAAAGAGACAGCAGCAAAGGCUCAAUUUUCUUAUACAGCAAACUGAACUUUACAGUCACUUUAUGCAGAACAAGUCAAGUUCACAGCCAUCUGAAGAUCUGGCUGUCGGAGAUGAAAAACAAAACGACAAAGAAGCAUCUCUGAGCUCCUCAGAUGAUGAAGUUAUUGAGGAAGAAGACCCUGAGGAUGCUGAACUGAAAAAGGAGGCUUUUAAAGCUGCUCAAGAUGCAGUUUUAAAGCAGAAAAACUUAACUAGUAAAUUUGAUAGUGAGUAUAUGAGACUAUGUGAAGAUGCUGAACCUGAGGCAGCACAGGAGGUUGCUGGAGCUAGUAGCAUAGAUCUACAUAACCCUUCCACCAUGCCUGUAACCUCAACAGUUCAGACACCGGAGUUGUUUAAAGGAUCCCUUAAAGAAUAUCAGCUAAAAGGCCUCCAGUGGCUGGUUAAUUGUUAUGAGCAGGGUUUAAAUGGCAUCCUUGCUGAUGAGAUGGGACUAGGAAAGACUAUCCAGGCCAUGGCGUUUUUGGCUCAUUUGGCUGAGGAGAAAAAUAUAUGGGGGCCUUUUCUGGUUGUUGCUCCUGCUUCUGUCUUGAACAAUUGGGCUGAUGAAAUUAGUCGUUUCUGCCCUGACUUGAAAACUCUUCCAUACUGGGGUGGUCUUCAGGAGCGUACGGUACUUAGGAAAAAGAUCACUGCUAAGAAACUUUACCGCAGGGAUGCGGGGUUUCAUAUUCUCAUUACCAGCUACCAGCUGCUAGUGGCCGAUGAGAAGUAUUUUCGACGUGUGAAAUGGCAGUAUAUGGUAUUAGAUGAAGCCCAAGCAAUCAAAAGUUCUAACAGUAUAAGAUGGAAGACACUGCUCAGCUUUAAUUGUCGAAAUCGUUUGCUGCUUACUGGUACACCUAUCCAGAAUAAUAUGGCAGAGUUGUGGGCUCUACUACAUUUCAUUAUGCCAACCUUAUUUGACAGCCAUGAGCAAUUCAAUGAGUGGUUUUCAAAAGGAAUUGAAAACCAUGCGGAACAUGGGGGUACUUUGAACGAGCACCAGCUUAACAGAUUGCAUUCCAUAUUAAAGCCAUUCAUGCUGCGUCGAGUUAAAACAGAUGUGAUUUCUGAGCUGACCCAGAAAACUGAGGUUACUGUGCACUGCAAGUUGAGUUCUCGGCAACAAGCUUUUUAUCAAGCUAUCAAGAACAAAAUAUCUCUUGCUGAGUUGUUUGACAGCAAUCGUGGGCAUCUUAAUGAGAAGAAAAUUUUGAAUUUGAUGAAUAUUGUCAUUCAGCUGAGAAAGGUAUGCAACCAUCCUGAGCUAUUUGAGAGGAGUGAAGGAAGCACAUAUCUGUACUUUGGUGAGAUACCAAAUUCUCUUCUUGCCCCUCCAUUUGGGGAGUUAGAGGACGUGCACUACUCAGGAGGUCAAAAUCCUAUAACAUACCCGAUCCCCAAACUUUUCUAUCAAGAAAUUCUCCAGAGCUCUGAAAUUUUUUGCUCAGCAGUUCGACAUGGUGUCUACAGAGAAUCUUUUGAGAAAUACUUUAACAUAUUUUCACCGGAAAAUGUUCAUCGAUCAAUAUUCUUGCAAGAGAAUAGCUCGGAUGAGUUGUCCAUUAAUAGUGGAACGUUUGGUUUUACUCAUCUGAUAGAACUGUCCCCUGCAGAGGUUGCAUUUCUAGGAACUGGUUCUUUUAUGGAGAGACUAAUGUUUUCCAUUAUGAGAUGGGGUCGGCAAUUUUUGGAUGGAACUGUGGACUCACUGGUGGAAACCAUGAAGGAUGAUUUUGAAUGUAGUUAUCUUGACAGUGGAAAAGUGAGAGCGGUGACACGAAUGCUGCUGAUGCCUUCACGAUCUGUAACUAAUGUUCUUCAAAACAAACUGGCUACAGGACCUGGUGAUGCUCCAUUCGAGGCUCUAGUUGUCUCGCAUCGGGACAGGCUUCUUUCUAACACUAGGCUUCUCCAUUCAACAUACACAUUCAUACCACGAGCUAGAGCUCCCCCAGUUAAUGCCCAUUGCUCAGACAGAAACUUUACUUACAAAAUGGUUGAAGAACAACAAUACCCUUGGGUGAAGAGGUUGUUCACUGGGUUUGCACGGACAUCUGACUUUAAUGGACCCAGGAAACCUGAGAGUCCUCAUCAUUUAAUACAAGAGAUUGAUUCUGAGCUGCCUGUUUCAUGUCCUGCUCUUCAGUUAACAUACAGGAUUUUUGGGUCUUGUCCUCCCAUGCAAAGCUUUGACCCUGCAAAAUUGCUCACUGAUUCUGGGAAACUUCAGACCCUUGAUAUAUUGUUGAAACGCUUGAGGGCAGACAACCAUCGUAUUCUGUUGUUUGCACAAAUGACAAAGAUGCUGAAUAUUCUCGAGGACUACAUGAACUACAGGAAAUAUAAAUACCUGAGACUUGAUGGAUCCUCCACCAUAAUGGAUCGGCGAGAUAUGGUCAGAGACUUCCAGCAACGGAGUGAUAUUUUUGUGUUCUUGCUGAGUACAAGAGCUGGUGGACUUGGCAUUAACUUGACAGCUGCUGAUACUGUCAUAUUUUAUGAAAGUGAUUGGAAUCCAACCCUGGAUCUACAGGCAAUGGAUAGAGCUCAUCGUCUGGGUCAGACAAGAGAUGUUACCGUCUACCGACUAAUUUGUAAAGAAACUGUUGAAGAGAAGAUUCUGCAAAGAGCAAGUCAGAAAAAUACUGUCCAGCAGCUUGUAAUGAUGGGUGGCCAUGUUCAGGGUGAUCUUUUGGCUCCUGAGGAUGUUGUAUCAUUACUUCUGGAUGAUGCUCAGUUGGAGCAGAAAUUAAGAGAAAUUCCAUUACAGACCAAGGAUAAACAAAAGAAGAAACAAACAAAGGGUAUACGGGUAGACGCAGAAGGUGAUGCUUCUUUGGAAGAUUUAACAAAUCCUGCAUCUGCACCUCAGGGUACUGGACAUGAGGACUCUCCAGAUGUGGAAAAAUCAAAAUCCAACAAUAAAAAGAGAAAAGCUGCAUCUGACAAACAAACUCUGAGGCCGAAGAAUCCGAAAAGCAUGGGCGGAUCUGAUAGCUAUGAGUUGGAUGACCCCCUACAAAAUACUGAUCCACAAGCUGUGAAACCCAAGAGGCCAAAGAGAUCAAAGAAGAGUGUAAACGAAAAUCUUGAGCCGGCAUUUACUGCAACACUCCCUCCAGUUCCAGAGCAGACCCAAUAUCCACCCCCACAUUAG